AUGGAAGUCCGACGCUCCAUCGCGCUGGCCGCCGCCGCGCUGGCCGCCAGCACUGCUAUACUCGCGCUACUCGCCAGCUCGCGCGUCGAGUCGGUCGGCCAGCGGCUGACGGCCGACGCCACAAUCUCGCCCGCCUCGCCGCUGCCACUCCGGCACGAGAUGUGGCGCGGACCAGCUUCUCAGGGCGUCCGGCUGCCGCAGCCGAUCGCGACGCCCUCGCACGCCGGCGCCACCGGCACGCCUCGCUCUCUGCCGCCAACCACAGCUCGGACGCCACGACCCUUAUCCUCCUCACCACCGCCACCACCGCCACCGCCGCCUCGGCCUGUCGCCCGCCCGCCGCCGCCGCCGCCGCCGCCGCCUGUCGUCCGUCCGCGGCCAGAGACCGUCGGCAAAGGCCCGCCUUCGGCCUCGCCGCUCGCCUCGACCUACCUGGCGCACCUGCGGUACAUGUCGAAGCACGAUGGCAGCCCUCGCGACACGCAGCCGCACACUCGGACCUGGCUUACCGAGGCGGGAGGGGCGAGGGGCACGGGCGAAGCGGGGCUCGCCUCGCGAGAUCGCGAGCUCGCAAAGAUGCUCCGCUCUGCAGGCGUGCUCUGGGACCGCUCCUCGCUCUCGCGCGGCUCCUCCGCGGCGUACGAUUGCGUCGGCGAGCCGCUCAAGCAGCGGCCGCUGCAGCGCCAGCCGUCUCUUCUCUCUCCCACGCCGCAGCCUGGCAAGUGCCGCUGCUGGGGCGGGUACAGCGGCGCACGGUGCGCGAGGCCGCCCCGCGCCUACUGCCCGAACGACUGCCACGGCCGCGGCGAGUGCGAUUUGGGCUUCUGCGCGUGCAAGCCGCCGUACUAUGGCGUCGACUGCUCGCUCGCACCCCCGCCUCCGCCGGCCUCCGGCCUGGUGCCCUCCCGCGCCGCGCCGCUCGGCUGGGAGGAGCAGGGGGCGCUCCGCGUCCCCCCCGCCGCGCUG